AUGGCAAUUAAUAAAGAUAGCAUUGAAAAGAAAUUACGCGAUGAACUUGAGCCAACUUAUUUGACCGUUGAAGAUUUCUCAAGUGGUUGUGGUUUAAAAUUUGAUGCUGUCAUUGUAUCGAAAAAAUUCGAAGGUAAACAAUUACUUGCAAGACAGAGAUUAGUCAAUGAAAUCAUAAAAAAUGAAAUGACUGAAAUUCACGCGUUCACCCAAAAGACUUAUACACCUGAUGAAUGGGAAAAGAAACAACAAAAAGCGAUGGGUAAUCCUGAAUGUGAAACACAAUCAAUCAGUGCUUGUACUGGCAAUUGUGGAAAUUGCAAAAAAUAA